GGAAAGGGAGCCAGAAAGGUUGGCUCCAGAGAGACCAGAAGGACAAAGCCAACCAGCCAACCUCGCUGGAGGAAGGGCCCUAAGCCAAAGAAGAGGAGAGGCCUCUAGAAGCUGGAAAAAUCAAGAAAUUCAUUUUCCCCUGGAGCUCCAGAAGGACCACAGCCCUGAAGAUAGCAUGACUUUAGCCCGUGAGACCUAUCUUCUCAAACUGGUUUUGCAUGUUUUUUUUCCCAGUUACUCAGACUUUAUUUGGGAGAUGAAAGAAGGGGAUGAAAGAUGAUUGAUAGCUGUAGUUAAAUUAACAAGGUGAGGUGAAUUGAGGUGUCCUUCCUCCUAUUUUUCUUGGUAGUGAGGAGGAUAAUACGGUGUGAAACUGUUGUAUCCAAUUUCUUUUGUUUAUCAGAGAAGGCCGUUAAGUGAUUUUGCCUUAAAGAUACAAUUGGGGAGGGGUGUAGGUUUGAGGCUUGGAGUUUCUUCCCUCUAUUGUCUGUCUGGGUGUUAUUCAGGAAUCACUUGGGGCUACCAGAACAAAUUCUAAAAGACAAAAGAGCAUAGUGUAUGAAAAUUCACAGUUUUGAAGCUUCCUAUGUAAUGAGUUGGAGUCUGGAGCCCAUGAUGGGCUGGACUUCUAGGGAGUUCACCUUGGGUUCAAGCAGGCUCUUGAAGUCUGUAGGUUUGAGUACAGAGAGAUGACUCCAGGAUAAGAUUCCUAGCUCAGCAAGUUCUCAGUGAUAUUGAAGGCACCCAGAGGAUAUCCUAGGAGCUGCGGCUGAAGAGGGAGCAGCUUUGAGCAGGCUUCAAGAUUGAAACAGCUCCCGGAUUUUCUGGAUGAAAAGGACCAGCACCAAAGAGGAAAGGAAGGAUUCUCUUUCCCAGCUGCCUGCCCCUCAACACCCGAGGAUUCACCUGUACAACGCCAAGCAGGUUCUGAGUUGGGAGCCAGUGGCCCUGAGCAAUGACACAAGGCCGGUGGUCUACCGGGUACAGUAUAAAUACACAUUUAGUGAUUGGUCCGACAUUGACAUCGUGGGGGUGAAUUGUACACAAAUCACAGUGACGGAAUGCGACUUCACUGCAAGUGGCACCUCCAAGGGCUUCCCAAUGGAUUUUAAUGUCACUCUGCGCCUUCAAGCUGAGCUGGGAGAACUGCACUCUGCUUGGGUGACAAUGCCUUGGUUUCUACACUAUCUGAAUGUUACUAUUGGGCCUCCAAAAGAUGUUGGGGUGACUCCAGGAGAAGGCUCCCUCAUCAUUAACUUCUCCCCUCCCUUUGAUAUCAACUCGUCCACGGUCUCUUUUGAGUAUUAUGUCCAUUACUGGGAAAAAGCAGGAAUCCAAAAGGUGAAAGGCCCUUAUAAGAGCAACUUCAUUUUGUUGGAUGGUUUAAAACCCUUCAGAGUAUACUGCUUACAAGUCAAGGCACAACUGUUUUGGCACGGCACCAUCAGAUCUGGGCAUUUAAGCAACACAUCUUGCUACGAAACAAUGGCCGAUGCCUCCACCAAGCUUCAGCAAGUCAUCCUGAUCUCUGUGGGAACCUUCUCAUCACUGUUGGUCCUGGCAGGGGCCUGUUUCUUUCUGGUCCUGAAAUACGGAGGCCUGAUUAAAUACUGGUUUCACACUCCACCGAGGAUCCCAUCACAAAUAGAAGAGUAUUUAAAGGACCCAGCUCAGCCCAUCUUAGAGGUCUUGGACAAAAACAACUCACCGAAGGACGAUGCCUGGGACUCUGUGUUCAUUGUUUCAUUUCCAGAAAAGGAGCACGAACAUGUUCUCCAAACACUUUGAACCAAAGCGCUGGUCCAGCCUGCCAGCCCCCCAGGAGGAGGACAUUGAGCCUGUGGAGCUGCUGAGAUUCCUGUUUGGACUUUUUCAGACACCCGUACUCCAUGUUCCUGCCUCCAAAAAGCUUGUCAGUGCCUUCUGAGAGAAAAUGGGUCUGGGGGAAAAAGACAAGCUUAUUUUUUCUUUCUUUAAACUAAGACUUUUCUGGGAGGCCAAAGUGGGUAGAUUGC